AUGUCGUUGUUUGAAGCACUCGAGAAAAUUCCCAUGUAUAAAAAAUUCAUGGAAGAGGUAAUGGCCGAAAAGAAACCAACAAUAGAAGAAUCGGUAGCCAUGAAGGAAAAGUGUAGUGCAAGUUCACUAGGGAAGAAAAUUCCAAACAAACAGAAGGAUCCUAGAAUAGUGACAAUAUCAUGCACAAUUAAAGAAAGAACUUUCAAAAAGGUACUAAUUGAUUAUGGAGAUAGUGUGAGUCUGAUGUCAUUAUCAAUCUAUCACAAGUUGGGUAUUAAAAAUGUCAGUGAUACAAAGACAAAUCUGAAGUUUGUGGCUCACUCGAGAAAGGAUGCAUAUGGUAUAACAGAAGACGUACUGGUGAAAAUAGAGGACUUGAGUUUCCCUGUUGAUUUUGUGAUCAUGGACAUACCUGAAGAUGAAGAGACACCCAUCAUUCUUGGUCGACCUUUCAUGCAGACAAGUCGAUGCAAUCUCGACAUGGACCAGGGCACGAUAACCUUAAAAGUUUAUGAUAAAGAAAUAACAUUGAAUGUUAUUGAAAACCAGGAGCUAGAGGUAGAAAAAGAGCAUCAUUAUCAAGUUUGCUUGAUCAGGACAGCGGUGAGAAGGAAAAGAAAUGCACCGAAAUCAUAA